AUGUCGACCUCGUCCGUUCCCAUCGUCCGCAUCAACUCCGUCGACCCCACGAAUAAUGCGACGUCCACGACACCUAUAAGGCCAUAUGCGAAUAGCUACUUGAAAGGAGGAUCAUGGAGUAACGUUUCUUCGACGGAAACUGGCGUUAAUGGCCUAGUUGCGACUUCGACGGCCUGGGCGUGCAUUCUCUUCCGCGGUUCAUCUCUCUACAUUACUACUUCUUACUAUAAUGUUACAAGCAUACGCUGGUGGCUUGACGGCUACCUUAUCAAUCAAUUUAGCGCACAGACCUCCAAUUCUACCACCAUAACACCUCUAGAUCCCUUGCAAGCGAGAUUUAUACUCGAUUUCUAUCCAAUCUCAGAUACAGCAGACCACCAGUUCACUUUUCGAGCAGAGGCUACUCCAGAACGGCCGGUGCUUAUCGAAUUUGGAAGCAACUCUUCUGAUUGGCAUGCGGCGUCGUUCGGCAUGGACGCCUCUGAGCUCGCCAACGCCACCGCCAAUGCCGACGACUCUUCUGCCUUUCUAUAUUAUUCAUCUGGCUGGAUUCAUGCGAAUACAGUCGAUCAACUCUCCUGGAACUCUACCAAUUCGGUCACUACCUCAAAGGGCAGCUGGGUUGAAGUCAAAUUCUCUGCAGAGACCAUUUGGUUCUUUGGAGAAACUGGGCUGUAUGACGCUCGACUCAAUGUGACCAUCACCGACGAGUCGGGACAGAUAGUGCGGUCAAACGAGCAUCUAUCAAACGGAGACGUUCGGAGAUAUAUCCCCCUCGUGCAGUCGCCUAUCUUUUCAGAAACCGGACUCUCGUCCAAACGUACCUAUAGAUGUCGGGUCACUCUUCUCACAGGGCGACUGGCUCUCGACUAUAUCCGUCUCAGCGGGAUGGACGCAACUUUCCUCGACGUGGUCGGCGACAGUUCAGUACCACGCAUCGACGCGUCGACAAAACUAAGGAUCAUUAUUCCGCUCAUAAUCGGCAGCUUGAUGUUGGGAGUCCUCCUCUAUGUUCUUCUCCGACGCAAACGGUCCCCGAAAGCGCAAACUCGACACAUUGGGGAAGAACUUGGCUCUCGCGCUGGGACUAUACGGUCCUUCCACGCUCCAACAAUGAGCACUGUAGUAGUAGAAUCUCAAUAUGUCAAGAUGCUUCAACAAGGCGGUUACUCCGGGUGGACAACGUUCACAGGUUCCGAUACAUCUUCCAGACCCGUAUCUGAAGAGUCGCCUUUUGACGAUCGCCAUCGCGUUGAGAUGGACCACUCUACCAUAGACUAUCCGUCUGAGCCGUCGACAUACCUGAACGAGGAGAACGGAGACGAAGACACGAGGGAGUUGGACCUGUACCAGCUCUCGCAGAAGGAUCUUGAGCGAGCGCACCAACGAGCAAAAGAAAUACAGGCUCUUCGCAUCGACGGGGAAUCUAUCGAUCCAACAUAUUCCUCCGACCGAAUAGAGAUGCUCGCACGCCAAUUGGCCGGAAUGACAUGA